GUAACAUAUAUAAAAAUAAAAUAAAUGGGUAGAUAUAGUGAUGAUGAUGAAGAUGAAACAUUUUAUUAUCGUUAUUCAUCUGUAACAACUCCCCAACAACAACAACAACCUUCUUCAUCGUCUGACAAAACCUUAAAUUUAAGGAAACCCAGUUCGAGUGGGGGUGGGAGUGGGGGACUAGCCCCGUCGAAAUCGACGGUUUACGUAAGCAACUUAGAUUACGGGUUAACGAAUUCGGAUGUGUUUACGAUAUUUUCAACAUUUGGUAAAGUAGCUAAGGUGACUAUAUUGAGAGAUAAGGUAAGUAGAGAGAGUAAAGGUGUAGCCUUUGUGUUGUUUGUGGGACGAGAGGAUGCCGUGAAGGCGGUGAAAGGGAUUGAUGGGAAGGUGUUGAAUGGACGGACGUUGAGGGCGAGUAUAGCUGCGGAUAACGGGAGGGCGACGGAGUUUAUUAAGAAGAGGGUUUAUAAGGAUAAGAGUAGGUGUUAUGAGUGUGGUGAAGGUGGGCAUUUGUCAUAUGAGUGUCCGAGAAAUAAGUUUGGGAAGAGGGAACGGCCGCAGCCUAAAAAAGGACGGAGAGACGGUGACGAUGGUGGUGGUGGUGGUGGCGGCCGGGAGGAUGAUGGUGAUGAUGAUGGUGGUGGUGAUGAGGUGUUUGAAGAUGAUAAUUGGGCGUCGGUUGUGGAUAAUGAAGCUGAUGAGAGGUUGUUAGGUGGUGGAGAUGGUAGUCGUGGAGAUGGAAGUCGGAAGAAAGGGAAGAGAGAAAAGAUGAAGAAAACGAGUUAUUUUAGUGACGAGAGUGACAAAGAGGAUUGAUUUAAAGACCAAGGCAGAGAUAUAAAGGUGUAAAUAUAGAUGUCCCUCGAGGGAAUCUGGACAAAGUGGAGACUGUGGAGUCUUGACUGCACAGACGUUGCUGCUGACUAGUUAGUC